AUGGCCUUCCAACAGUCUGCAGCACCACGUCCCAUUGCCAUCAAUACAGCUCAAUCUCAAGUCUCAUCAUCCCAUGCACAACUGCGGACGACGGUAGAGGAUUCGCAAGAAUGGAUCCUCUUCACCCCUUCGAACGCGGAGUCCACGAUAACCGGAACGCAGACAAGUCACACUGCAGGUGUUUCUAGACUCAGCGAUCUAUCCCUCAACACAGCGGGUAGAUCGGAGAGGCUCGAGGAUGACGAGGAGGCAACCGAGGACGGUGAUCUCGAUAGCCUUGAUGAUGGACUACAUGCUUUCAGGGAACCGCCCUUGUAUCCGACCACGUCAAAUCAAACGCAAGGCCCUGUCUUACCGGCUCAUGAUGGGUUAGGGACCUUUCAGGCUUCGAGUGCGCCAGUCCUGGAACAGCUGUGGCAGCACGAAGCAUACAAUCCAAAGCGAAAGCAUGAUGGUCAGCAUCGCCGACCUUCGAGUAUACAGCGACGGCUUGAUACAAUCGAUGAGAUUGAGUUGCAAGCCAGCGAAGAGAAGAGGAUGCGGAUCGAGAAAUGGCGCAUGGAACAAAGUCAGGCGUUGAUGGACGAGGUGGAACGAGAAACUCGCAGAAGUUUGCGAAGAGGAUCCCGCCUAUCAAGCUACCAAGAGACUCUUGCGUCGGCGAACGAGGAUGUCCUUGGAUCGACACCAAGACAGAGCGACUACAUCUCGAGAACAGCAGGGGAGGCUGAAGAGUCGGAACCAUUCUGGCGACGAAUCACCAGAAAGUUCAUCCGCGAUGUUAUAGGCAUUGACGAACCCCUUCUGUCGGUGAUCUUUGGCGAAUCUCUUCCAGAGGAGGUUGAGAAUAUGCAGUCUUCCAGCAGUCCCCUUCCGACAAUUCCAGAGCAGAUGCCAGAAGGUGAUGUGGAUGAUCCUACAUGGAGGGACAGACUACUGCAACGCAUUGCAAGAGAGCUUGGAGUACUCGUGCAUCAACUAUCGCCACACCCCGGCGGGUUCACGAUCUACUCGCGGAGCCCUGACUACGCUGGAAUGCCAGUGAGCAUGCCCCAACCGAAACCUCGUGCAGUUGUACCCCCAUCGACUACGAACAGCCAGGUUAGAGAGACUAUUACAUCGACACUAAGUCCCAACUUCCCACCCACGGUCAGGGAUCCUGCCCAUGCUGAAAGCUGGGGUUUCGAAGAAGAUCCAGCCUCUAAUUCUUCACCGCUCGAUUCGUCCUUGAACCUUCAGCGCGAGAGGGAGUACUGGGAAAGAGAGCUUGACCUCAAGAUGGUAUUUAGGUAUCUGAGAGACAAGUUUGUCACACGACCGACUACUCAGCCGUCAGAGGCCGCCAACCAGAAGGUGGAAGAUGCGGCGACGCGAGCUGCCAUAAUCCGCCAGCACCAUCCGCUUGUCGCCCGGGCACAACGUUCUCCCGUAAGGCUUCGACGAGAAUCGCGAGCUAGCGUACGCAGACCUACCAGCAGUUGCGCAAGUGAAAGUGUCCGGAGCAGCAGGAAAGCCUCUCUGGUCAGGAGCGGUUCGAGUCGCAACUAUUGGGACAUUGGGGGCAGCGUUGGCAGUGGGAGUAUUCUGGCGAGUGGUGGUGCUUGGGGUGAAGUGUAG